AGAGAGUAAGAGUCAGGGAGAAGAGAGAGAGCGAGCGAGCGAGCGAGAGAGAGAGAGCGAUAAAAAAAGAAAGAUGACAUCGUGCGAGUGGAGGCGCCGAGGCGGCCGAGCUCGGGCUGUGUCUGCCUCGGCCACGGCGUGAACUCGACACCGAGGCUUCGACACAACACCCGGCGCGGCCUGUUGGUGUGAUACAGACCCGCAGAGAUUUAUGAAGCGCGGUUUUUAGCUGUGCCAGGCGCCGGUUCAGUUACUGUCUCACAGGCAACAUAAACUCAUAAAGCCGUGUGGUUUUGGUGUGUAAUGCAUGAUGUGAGUGUGUAGAAAUGACAUUAUUGGUGUCGUGUGUCGAGAGACUGAAGCCUGUGAACCGCUGCGGGGAAGUUGCUCCGAGCUGAGAAUAAAGCCCGUCAUCCAGCUCCGCUGAUCCGAGGCUGGCGAGCUCCGCGGCGGGUCGGUAAAGCGCCGUUUUCCGCCUGUUUAUAGUCGAUUCUAUAGCCGGGCAGCCCGUGGGCUGCUGCCCCAGAUGAUGCUGAAGAGCAGAAGCUGAAAUCCGCUCAGUUUGGGCUUUUAGUUCGGCUCGGUUUUCACUUCAGAACAAAAUGGAUGCUGCUUGGAGCAACUUUCUCUUCCAGACCACAGCCGGUCAGACCCAGGUGGACGGCAGCCUCCAGUCCGAGCUCCUGCCCCAGAGUCCGGCUACCGAGCACCUGGCGCCUCCAUCCACUGUGGACACGGCCGCGCUCAGCGAGGACCCUGUACCUGUGAAGCCGCCGUCCCGUCCGGCCCGCGUGGCUCACAUCUGCUCCAUCUGUAGCAAGCAGUUCAAGAACAGCUACAAUCUGCGGCGCCACCAGUCCGUCCACACCGGUGUCCGGAUGAAGAGCGGUGCUGCACAGAACCAGGAAGGCGGCGCUAAAGAGGCGGUGGAGCAUCCCACCGUCCCUCUGUCCCUCCUUCAGCUGAGCAUGCCCGAGCAGCACGCUCCCACCUUGCCACCUCCGGCCGUGCUCCCCGACCCCCUCUCGCAGCCCCUGCUCACUCAGGACACCAACGACUCGGCCAUGGUCAGCGUGGCGUCCACUGUCACGGCCCUGCCUCCUGCCGCGGUGGUCGUCAUGGCAACAGCUGAGCCUGUUCAGCAGCGGCCGGUGAACCCGAACCCCGUGCGUAAAAACCACGCAUGUGAGACGUGCGGAAAGGCCUUUAGGGACGUUUACCACCUGAAUCGCCACCGCCUCUCUCACUCGGACGAGAAGCCCUUCUCCUGCCCCAUCUGCCAGCAGCGCUUCAAGAGGAAAGACCGCAUGAGCCACCACGUCCGCUCCCACCAGGGCGGCGUGGAGAAGCCCUACGUCUGCCCCCACUGCGCCAAGGCCUUCUCACGCCCUGACCAUCUCAACAGCCACGUCAGACAGGUCCAUUCUUCAGAGCGACCUUUUAAAUGCCCGACGUGCGAGUCGAGCUUUGCCACGAAAGACCGCCUGCGCGCUCACAUGAUCCGGCACGAGGAGAAGGUGCCGUGUCACAUUUGUGGCAAACUGCUGUCUGCCGCUUACAUCACCGAUCACAUGAGGGUGCACAACCAAUCACAGCAUCAUGCCUGCCACCUGUGUAACCGCAGCUUCACCACGCUGACGUACCUGCGCAUCCAUGCCCAGAAGCACCACGGUCAGGAGUGGAAGGAGAGCGGCGGCGGAUUCGGCUCAGCUGGCGCCGGAGGUGUUCUGGUCUGUCAGCUCUGCGGCGUCCACUGCAAAACCCCCACGCAGCUGCAAGGCCACAUGGGCACCCACAACCCGGCGCUGAGCGAACCAGUGCCAGUCAGCAGCAGCGCGGAUGGCGUAUCAGCCGGCACCGUGACCCUGAGCAGCAUGACCCCCGCUCCCACUGUGUUUGUCAGUGGCAACACAGUGGUGGACCUGCUGGUCACCGACUGCUCCUGCAUCGCCCAGCAGCCACAGAGCUAGUAACUGCAGGCUUGUAAUACAAACACACACAUACACUGGCCGUCAAAAGUUUAGAGAUAUCUUAAUGUCUUUUGCAGUUCUUCAUUUUUCACUGUUACUUCGCAGUGAAGUAGGAAAUAAGUACCUGCUACAAGGCUCACGUCAUGUAAGAUAGAACUAAAAAAAGGGGGGUGGGUGAUAAAUGGUGUAUAAACAUUUAAAAAUGUACAAUUUGUACACAGAAACAAAACUGUAAUAACAGCCUAUUUUUACUUUAUCAUGGUUGUGAUGUCACAGACAUUUAGCCCCACCCAUUCCUCUUGAAGUAAUGUGGAGUGUUCCCACAGACAGUCUGUAGCAGAGUUAUUGCCGAGGACAAUGCGGGAAAAAACGAUUAACCAUUAAGGAUCCACACAUCUGAGAAGAGAGGAUUUCAAUCUGAAGUGUUUGUUCAGUACAUUUCACCAUGGGCUGCUUAUUGAACAGGGCGCAGUCCAGGGCAGCCAGAGCUUGAUUGCAUGCAUUAGUCUUAAAGACACAGUAAGCGAAAAUCUGAUUAACUGAAAACUGUUAACAGAGGCUGUAAAUGUUAAUGGAGAAGUGAAUUUAUGACUGAUCACAACUGCUAAUCCUGUCAGAUUCUGGUAUGAUGUCUUUCUUGGUAUGAAUAGCAGGUUUUGCAAAAUAUUUUUUUUUUCUUUUUUCAAUCUUUAUUUGAAAAGCUGGAAGUUCUUGGGCUUCUGACGGCCAGUGUGCAAUCCCACACAGUCGCAUGUGCACUAAGCUAGCGAAGUGUGCGUUAAGUGUGUACCCUGAUGAUACAUAGGACAUGUUUAUAAGAAUGCUAUAUGCUAUAACCCUCGCUCCCACAGACAGAACCACACUACUAGAGCAAAUACUGUGAACAGAGCCAUCAUACAGCUAGCUGAGCAGCUCUCACAACAACCUACACAGACUACGCAGCUACUGUAGCAAAUAAUUGUCGCCUCAGUACGACACGUUAUGCGCAUAAACGUUAUGCUUGUCUGUCUCCGCAGCAGACAAGCAGCUUAGGGAUGUUAUUGUCUCAGAAUUGCCAAGGCAACAUCGCUGGAAGGCCAGCAUGAGGAGAGUGGAGAUACCCUGUGUCUCAAAUCGAGUACUGCUGUACAGGACUAGUUAAUGUAAGUGCAAGUAGUUUAUUUACAAUAACAGUUAGAUGGCACAUGGCAUAUGUUUCUACCUGGAUAAGGUACUAGAACCACCAGAAAAUGAGGUCUGGAACGCUGUAUGCAAUCGCUGCACCCCAAAAGCUAGGCUGUAGCCAAAGUAGGCUGCAUUUCUAGACUGCUGCUUCACUGAAGGCUGUUUCAGUCAAAAUUAUCCUUCGUUUACAGCUCAGAGCGUUCAUCAUUGGUUCCACAGCACUGGAUGAUCUCCGAAAUGGCACUGAAAGAGCCGUGAGUGCAGCAACACUCGACAUGCCCAAUCCAGUGUGGGAUGAGUUUGACUGUGGUGUUGAUGUUGUCCAUACAGUUGGAGGAGGUUUAGACUGAGACCUUGUAAAAUUACAUAAACGAUUUACAAUUGAAAUGAAUCAUUUUGAAAUUGGAUGAAUCUUUUUGAAUCACCCUGUGUGAUUGGCCAGCAUUAAAGGUAAAUGUGAUAUCUAAAGGCCCAAAACAUACUUUACGCAAGGAUGUUAACGCAGACGCUUUGAGCAGCGCAGACAGGGUUUAGUGUGUAGUUGCGUUCAAAACCGUGUCACAUCACAUUUUAUAACACGACACAAGUGUAAGCUGCAUUCUGAGCAUUACAACAUUACAGGCGCUAUACCGAAGGCCAUGCCUGUCCAAGCGGUCUCAUACCACCAGCGUGUUUUCUCAACUGCUGCAGCAGACAAGAAGUUGAGUCUCAUGCAAAGAUGGCUUACGUGAACUUAAAACACAUCGCUGUUGUCGGAAGAAAACCCCUUAUCUCCAAAAUGGUAACUGUCCAGGAGAAGGAAAAAACCUACACUACUAAGUCAGUGGAACCAGACUUUUUUCCAAAUUGUAUUAGGUCGCUUCUUUUAGUCUAUUCAUCGUGACAUUUGCAUACAUUGUAAGGGGUAUCAGGUUUUUUCAAAUUAUGCCAAAAACUGAAAAAUUCUGACAACAGCAAUAUGUUACGUUAGCGUAUUUCCAUUCCAUUCCAGCUCACUCUCCUCUACUGUCCACGUUUAGCUGUUGAGGCUGUUGGAAUAAUAGUAGAUCCUCUCUGAUUUGUCCUCUUCAAUACUGUUUUAACCACCACAGUGACAUAAGACUGCAGUUUGCACAGAAGGUCUGAGUGUUUGCAGUUGACACGCUGACAUUUGUGUUCGCUUACUUGCGUGAAGUAUGUUUCGGGCCUAGUUGUGCUAAUUUUGCAAAAUUGGCAAAAAAUUAGUAAAGCAUGCCAUACUCCAUAUCAGUAUCUGUUUAAAAGGUUGCAGCUUGAAUUCAGGGCGUGUUUUCAGUAAGUUAAACAGUUUUCAUCUUGCAGGAGCAGCUUUUAGUUACAAAUUAAUGCUUUGCAUCCGAGAUUUCAUUCGUUCUCUCGAUCCUUCACAUUAGCAGUGGUUUCCCCUUCAUAUUUUAAUCGAACUUGUACAAAGCGGCCAUGGUAGACUGUUCUGUUUUGAAUUAUUUAAUACAAAAGAAGAGCCUUCAUUGGACAGUUCUCGCUGCCACCUAACUUUUGGAAUGCAGUUAGCGCGCACUAGUAUGAAGCUGCAGUUUUAAACCUUGAAAGUUAAGAGUUUAAGAUGUCUUUAAUCUCCAAACUUUGAAUUUCUGCAGAAUCUCUUCUGCAUUAGGCUGUUCGCAGGAUUUCAGAAUGUUAUGACAGUAAUUAGGCAUGUUAUAACCAAGUUUAGCAUGCCAACCUGUCAUACCCGUAGGCGUAUUUAAAUAACAUGACACAUUUUAUCCUGUAUCUAUUUUCUCCCCACGAGGAGAAAAUAGAUACAUACGAAAAUAUUUCAAAACCAAUUUUGGACGAAACUGAUCCAGGCUGUAGAGAACAAGGAACACGAUUGUAGAGGCCGAAUUGAGACACAGGGAGAACAAAAGGCUUUGAGAUUGACUUCAGGGCAGUCAGAGACUUAAUGAUUUCAGUACCAAGUAGGAAAAAAAUGCCACAUUGCACUGUUGCACUGGCUGGUUCUCUCUCUCCGUAUCUUUCUUUCUCACUUUGUUGCUCGAAAUCUCACUCGCUUUUCUUGCUGCAGGACUCUUUAACGAUACUGUGAUUGUGACUCUCUACUGUAGUUUUUCUGCUCUCUGUCCCAGUGACGACGAUGGCUGUCUGUUUGACCAUAUAGACCCUCCCGUCGCCUCCACCACCGUCCCCUCCUCCCGCCAUCCUCAAGAUGCGCUCAGAUUUUCCCCUGUUCCCUUAGCCAUGAAGAAGGAAAACGAAGGGGUGCAUAGUACAUUAGCGACUGAUGUUAUUCUCUGAUAAAGAGGCAAUGUUCGUUAUUAUUAUCAGUCUGAUUUUGUAAUUACAUCCGAUAAUUAUAACCAAUAACUUCACCACCCUGAUUUUAGCUUGGGUCUCAUUGUGCUGCUGCUACACCAGUAAGGAAAAACUGUUAGAAUCACUAAGCAUUGUAAGAGGCUUUGGAUAAAAGCAUCCAAGAAAUGAAACAAAAUAUACAAUAAUAAAAAAUCAUAAUCAUUUACA